AUGUCUGAAUAAUAAAAGCAGCCAAAUAUUAUCAAUUACUUCUAGUAAUACAAGUAGGGCAUUCAGAAUGCUUUCAAAAUAUUAGAAGAGGUAGAAUUUGAAGUGCCAGAGGAAGAGGUGAAGCAAAAGGUUCAAAAACAGAUUGAAGAUUAAGAAUAACCGAUUGAACCUAAAUUCAUUUCGCAAGCAGAUAUAAGGAGAGCGCUUGAGAAUUUUGAUAAAUUAAUUUUAACACCAUUAUAUAGUGAUCCAAAAUAUUUAAAUUUCGAGUCAAAUGAUAGGACUAAGAGAUAGACAUAGAUGAAGCAUCAAUAAAUGUGGGAUCAAAUCAAGUUGUAAUAGAAGGAGCGAUUUGCGAGGUUUUAAGAUUAGGAGAUCCUGGAAAGAAUACUAGAAUUAGACUCUUAAUUAAAAGAGGAUUAUGAAUAUAAUUUCUAAUUUUCAAGUGGCACUCAAAAAAAGACAAUUCAAAUCAAAUAUCACGAUGUUUUAAAAUUAAAUCCACCCAAUUAUUUGAAUGAUGGAAUUAUAAACUUUUAUUUAAAAUUUAUCGAGUUCGAAUUACUCGAUGAAUCCUUAAGAUCCAAAACCUACAUUUUUAACACUUAUUUUGUGGAGAAACUAUGUCCCUUUGACAAAUUGCAGACAAUUUAAUAGAAUGACAAUCAUAGAAUAAAUGAACUCUUCAAACAAUCCUAUGAACACAUAAAGAGAUGGGUCAAAGAAGAUUUGACUGAGAAAGAAUAUUUACUAUUUCCCAUCAAUUUACCUGAGCAUUGGUCUCUCUUGAUUGCUCAUAAAUAAAGCAAAUCUUUUUAGGAUUCUGUUAUCAUAUACUUGGAUAGUUUUGGAAUUAUAGAUUAAAAGUUAGUUACAAUAAUAAAGAUGUAUCUACAUAAAAUGCAAUGUGAUAAAAUUUAAUCUGAUGUCAAUUACAAUGAUUCUCCAAUCAAACAAAUCCCUGCCUAUCAACUGUUAGUGCCUCGACAAGUGAAUUAUGUAGAUUGUGGAGCCUUCCUUCUAGAAUAUGCAGAAUCCUUCUUGUCCAAUCCAAAUUAUCUCCUAUCAGAUUUCGAAUCCCCAGAAGGCAUUUACAAAUUGAAACUUUUCCCAAGGACCCUUGUUAACAAAAAGAGACUUCUAAUGAAACAGUUGUUGAUUGAGUUAGUUGAAUUAGGCAAGGAACAGGCUCUGGUCAAUUACAAAUAACGAAGAUAGGAAAUAAUUGAAAGUUGCUAUACAAAUGAAGAUGAAUACGAUAAGAUAGACUAAGAUUUGUUCAAAGAGUUCCUGAAUCAGAAGAAUUCCAUAAGUGUGAACAGUGAAUAGUAAAGAUCUAUGUUACUGGACUUCUACAUGAAUCCGCAAUAAAAUUAUUAUGAAUAAUGA